AUGCCGGGACGAGACGAGAAAAGGCGGCCUGCCGCCCUCAACCUCACACCAGCACGCACUGGUACAUCGGACUCUUCAUCAUCAGACAACUCGCUCAAGCCGCGGACGCCUCGCUUUAUGGAGGCCACGACUGUACACUCGCCUAUUGAAGCAAAGUCCCCCUUCGCAGACCCCGAGAAGUCACACAUGGCCCAAGCGCAACCAGGUGACAUUGGGUUCGGAUACAUCAACAACCGCGAGUCCAUAGCCGUGCCAAUGACGCCCAAGACUCCCCUCAAGAGCGCCAUGAAGGUGCCGGGGACGCCGGCGAGGAAGUUUGACAACCCCCUCAGCCCGACAUUCCGUGAGGACAUUCUCGAGAAGCAGGAGAGCGCCACGGACAAGGAGCAGGCCCGCGACAUCAAGAUCAAGACCCGCGUACGCCUCGCCAAAGUUGCUCUCCGUGGUGUCAACUUCAGUUGCGCCCUGAUCAUCCUUGCCAUGCUGUCCUCCAGUUUCGCCAUCUUCAACGCCACCAAGACCCUGCCCAGCCAGAGCAAGAUGCCCGCCUGGGCCGAGAAUACCAAUACCUGGCCUCAGAUUCUGGUGCUGGUCAUGGCCUGUCUGACACUGCUCGCAUGUAUUGUUGUGUUCUGUGCCUACUUCCGUGGGGGUCACAAACGAGCUGAGAAGGUGGCCACCUACUAUACUAUGUUUGCACUUGGCUGGUUCAUUGUUAGCAUGGUCUUGUGGGCUGUCACUGCUGCCGUCUUCCAGAACUCGCGCAGUAACUCAGACAACAAGGACAUGUGGGGUUGGUCCUGCGUCCAGAAUACCCGUUCAACUGUCUACGGUGACAAGGUCGACUACCAGCUCAUCUGUCGCCUCCAGAACUGGACCCUGAUCUGCAUCAUCAUUGAGGUUGUGAUCGAGGUCAUCUGCAUCACGCUCUACAGCAUCGUCUUCUACCGCUACUACACCAAGCGCCGUCUUGCCAAGUCCAUGGAUCUCCGUGACCGCGCCCGCUCCGAUCUCUACCUCGCUCAGCUGCGCAGCCAGUCCGCCCCCAACACGCCCGGCUUUGGUCCCAAGUCUCCUGCUCUGAGCCAGUACGCCAUGUCUCCGCGUCACCCCCCGGCUGCCUUCCGCAACCUCGCCGACAUUGAGGAGAGCCCCUUUACCCCUGGUGGUCGUGUUGCCGAGCCAAGCUCGCAGUUCUCUCCCUCGCAAACCCAGUCUGGCUUCGUGCUCCAGGCUCCCCCAGUCAAAGCCCCCUCGGCAACUCCCAAGACUAAACAGGCUGCGUUCGUCGCCGAGGAGCCUGUCCGCCAACCCUCACCUCCUCAUAUUCAUGUCCAGCCUCCUGCUGCAGCAGCAGACGACGAGCCCGUCUAUGAUGCUGUGCCGAUUCCCGGCGCCUACGCUGGCCAGGCCAUCAAGAGCCCGCCGCCCAACCAAGUUUCCUUUGGUCAGGCGAGCUAGGCGAUCGAUCGAUGGAUGGCUGCGUGCGUUGCAUUUACUGACAUGAACUUCUCUGGGCUGGCGGACUUUUGGCGGGGCAUUAUACCAGGGGCGUUACAGGAUCAUUCAUACACACCCGAGAUGUGUGGAAAGAAGAAACAUGGAAUUUCCUCUUGGACACAGGCAUCUCUAGUUUUUCGUAUGUAUAAUUUGGUAUGCGCUCAAUAGGCGUGAUGAAGUAGAAUGAGCUAGAGAAAUGAGACAUUUACACAAGAUACCACGAGCAGUCCCAGGUGUUCGCUGACGAUGAUGGUGAUGAUGAUUCGAUGUAGUUACGGCGAGAGAGAUAGGCGUGGAUAGCAAGAACAAUCACAGCAGGAGGCGACACAGGCAUUUUUAAAUUUUUGAUUCAUUUCGUGAGAAGGACCCCGUAAAUACAUAAACAGCCGCGGAACAGCAUAAAGGUCAUUGCAUUACUUUUUGGCGGCCCUGAUGCACCUUUUUUUG